AUGAAAACGAAACUCGGCGGCUGGCUUCAAUCCAGGCUGGACGUUGUUCUCGGCAAGAAUAAAAUUCCUCCCUAUCUCUCCGAGCGACGACGUCAUGCUGUCACCCCCUCGGCUUCGAGCGAGAACCUCAUGCAAGCCCCUCCUUUCUUCAGCAAGCUACCUCCCGAGAUAAGGCAUGAGAUCCUGGUGUUGGCAUUCGGCGACCGCACGUUGCACAUGGACCUUUCUUUCGAUCACCCGAUGACUCCCUUCCCAUAUUGGCGGACUUCAGCAUGGCCUCAUGAUUACAUGAACGGGCCUUGGAAAUGGGCACCAGACUACCACAAAUCAAAACGCUGGCACUGGCGAAGCAGCAUAUGUCAUCGUUGUCGACCCGAUCGCCGUGAACAUUCACUACGAACUAGAGAUGAGCCCUAUGCGAGUGAGCCAGACGCCGGAGAUGACCACUGUCUUGAUGGGUUGGGGCAAAAUUGCGAGUUCUGGCCCGGAGAGUCACCGUCGAAAUGCUUGAUUGGUGUUAUGGGCUGGCUAUUGGCUUGCAGACAGGCAUACGUCGAAGGCAUUGCAGUGCUCUAUGGGACGAACACUUUCCACAUCUCGACCCAGGAGUUUCUAGGUCGUUUACCACAACUUUUGCUCCCCGCUAGGCUUGCCAGUAUUUCGUCACUAGAGGUCGUACUGCCCCUAGAGUUGGGAAAGAUGGAGAGCAAAAAAUAUUUGCUUCAGCUAGAUCCUCUGGAGACUAUGCUAUCCAUACUUGGGUCUGCGUUUCCGAACACAUUCCGUCUUUAUCUUGCCCUCAAGAUCCGCAUUGGUCAUCCAGACUAUCUAGGCUGUCACACCCUGCUCAAUGCCCUGGACACGUUUGUGACUCAAAGCGAAAAAAUGCAGCAUCUCAGAGUUUCUAUUACGAGCGCGGUAUCAGGGCAUAAAAUUAAAUAUCCCUGGACCGACACGUGGUUACAGAAGCCUGUGAGCAAGCAGUUCUGGCCACCAGAGGAUGGAGUUGACAGAAAGGGCUACUGGGUUAAAGGGGGCAAUGCCAAUGGCAAGGGAUGUGUGGAAGCCAUUUUGGUUCGAACUAGACUAUUAGAUCAGUAUGCUCAUAUUCCAUCUAUAACCCUCUUAAUUGAGGCUUGGGGAUCUUUCGAUACGCCAAGAAGACUCGCAUAG